AUGGUGAAGCUCAACUUACUCAGCGUGGUCGGGGCCUCCCACUGCAGAGUGGACAUGCAUGAGGCAGCAAGAGCUGCAUUGUCGUCCCCAGGCGACUCGGAUGAAUCCAUAACCAUCGCACCCAUUCCGUGCCAUACAUCUACGAGUCCCAACAACCGCGACUAUGAAGAAAGGAAAAACAGCAGGGCGGAAUCAAGUCUCAAAUCCUUUAUUCGAGUCUUCCGGUACAAUGACACGCGGGGAUGGAUUUUGAAUGCCAUCGCCUUUUUGGCCAUGAUUGGCGCUGGUACUGCCCUGCCGCUCAUGGAUGUCGUUUUCGGCGGCUUUGUCAAUGUCUUUAAUAAUUUUGUCACUGGAAAGCUUUCACCCGCCGAGUACAUGGAUGAGGUCGGCCAUUAUACGUACGCAUUGCUCUUUGAAUGGCCUCGCGUCGUCCACACAUGGCUAACCAAACGUGGCGAAAGACUGUAUUUUGUGUACAUUUUUAUCGGGAGAUUCUCACUGAUAUACACAUGGACGAUGCUGGUCAACAUCACAGCUAUCCGCACAACUAAAAACCUACGGGUCGACUUUGUUCGCCAAAUUUUGCGUCAGGAGAUAUCCUUUUUUGAUACUCCCUUGCUAUCUGUAUCAGGACAGGUAACUAUCAAUGGGAAUCUCAUCUACUAUGGCAUCUCUGAGAAACUGGGAUUAGUUAUUCAGGCACUUUCGAUGCUCAUUUCCGCAUUCAUCGUAGCUUUCGUUGUGCAGUGGAAGCUAACGUUGAUCACUUUGGCCAUUGUACCAGUCAACACUAUAGUCAUGCUUGUAUGCAUUUAUUUUGAUGCCAAGUAUGAGUAUCAAAUGUUUGACAUCUAUGGCAAAUCUGGAUCUCUUGCCGAGGAGGCCUUCUCGACUAUUCGCACGGCUCAUGCAUUCUGGGCCUUCCCAAAGCUAGCUGCGAGAUUCCGUGAGAUUCUGAAAGAGGCCAGGCAAGUCGGUGAUAAGAAAUCUGUUAUAUAUGCAAUCUUAUUCCCCGUGGAGUUUUUUAGCAUCACCGCCGGCUAUGCGCUGGCAUUUUGGCAGGGUAUGCGAAUGUACUCGAGUGGUGAGAUCCAGAGCCCUGGGACUGUGGUAACGGUUAUUUUUGCAGUGUUGGUUGCAGCCCAGGCUCUGACGCAAAUCGCACCGCAAAUGAUCGCUAUAUCGAAAGCCAUGGCCGCUGCACAAGACUUGUUUUCUACCAUCGAUAGAAAAUCCUCCAUUGACUCACUUUCGGAUGAGGGGAUUAAAAUUCAAAACUUCCAAGGCAAUGUUGAAAUUCGAGCGCUUUGCUUCUCAUACCCGUCGCGACCAAGUGUCCCUGUUCUGGAUAAUCUUGGCCUGGAUUUCCCUUCGGGCAGGACAACGGCCAUAGUGGGUGCCAGUGGCUCUGGGAAAAGCACAAUAUUUGGACUUUUGGAGCGCUGGUACCCGUAUUCGAGCGGCGAAAUAACGCUAGACGGACAAAGGCUUGAAGACAUCAACUUGCGGUGGCUAAGAACCAAUAUUCGCCUUAUCCAGCAAGAGCCCACGCUAUUUAGUGGUACCAUAUAUCAGAAUGUCGUGGAUGGCCUCUGCGGUACUGACCAUGAUAGUCUGCCUGAUGAGGAUAAGAGAAAUCUUGUCAUCGAGGCGUGCAAGUCUGCCUUUAUACAUGAUUUUAUCCAGGACCUUCCUAGCGGGUACGAGACUUGGAUUGGAGAAAGAGGCGCCUCAUUAUCCGGCGGUCAAAAACAACGCAUUGUUAUUGCCCGUACUAUUAUAUCCGACCCAAAAGUCUUGCUCCUGGACGAAGCAACCAGCGCGCUGGAUCCAAGCUCGGAGAAGAUCGUGCAAGCAGCACUGAAUACCAAAGGCAAAAUGAUAGAACGGGGCACCCAUGCUGAGCUGAUUGAGCUUGGGGGCGUCUAUGCCAGACUCGUCAGAGCGCAAGACCUCGGGCAAUCGUCAGACCAGAUUGAAGAAGCCCCUGAUGAUGGACAGCAUAAAGCUAUGGCUGGCAAAGAGUUGACGCAAAUCUCUACAACGACAAAUCACAACAAGAGCUCUACAGAGCCUACCGAUCGACAUGCCUUGCUCCAUGGACUUUUCUUGGUCCUAAAGGAGCAACGAGCAUUGUGGUGGCCCGCACUUGUGAUUUUUCUAAGUUGUAUGGCCGGAGGGAUUACUUACCCAGCUAUGGCAGUCUUGGUUUCCAAGUCGUUGGAAGCAUAUGAAACAACCGACGUGACCAAGGCCAACUUCUUCGCCUUGAUGUUUUUUGUUGUCGCACUUGGAAACCUGGUUCUGUACGCUGCCACCGGCUGGCUCUCAAAUGUCGUUGCUCAAUCAAUCUCAUCUCUAGCUGCAUUCUCGCCAUUGCGAUCGGGCUACUUACGUAUUCGCCUCGAAUCAAAGUUUGAACAAGACACCGUCGAGCGGUUCGCAACUAGCAGCGCUAUAGCUGCUGAAGCGGUCAUGGCCAUUCGUACCGUAUCCUCACUGGCUCUUGAAUGGACAAUUAUCCAGCGGUAUCAAAAAGGCCUCGAGGGCAUCGCACGCCAUUCCAUCGGUAGCCUUGGCUACAAGAUGCUUUUCUACUCGCUGAGUCAGUCAGUGUCCAUGCUUGCAAUGGGCCUCGGUUUCUGGUACGGCGGAAAGCUCGUUUCAACCGGCGAGUAUACAUCAAGCCAGUUCUAUAUUGUGUACCUGGCAGUCAUCUUCUCCGGCGAAGCGGCUGCCAUCUUGUUUCAGCACACAACCAGUAUUUCCAAGGCUGGUACGGCGAUCAACUACAUCUUCAAAUUGCGGCGAGACCGCAUCAUGUUUGACGACGAGCCUGGUCCGGACUUUCCGCCCCAUGCUGCUAUUGAGACUUUGCGCGACGAAAAGGGCUUGGAGGUGGCCUUUGAUGACGUGCAUUUUUCCUAUCCCCUUCGGCCAAAGCAAAAAGUUCUCCGUGGCGUCAAUAUCAAGAUUAAAUCCGGCACCAUGGUAGCUUUCGUUGGGGCCUCUGGGUGUGGAAAAUCUACACUUGUAGGACUGCUCCAGCGCUUCUAUGACCCUACAACCGGCAUACUGUGGGCAGGCCAUCGAGACAUCAAAACUCUUCAUCGACGUACCUACCGCCGGGAUAUGGCGCUGGUCCAACAAGAGCCCGUCUUGUACCAAGGAUCUAUCCGGGAAAAUAUCACGCUCGGGAUCGAGCAAGGUGACCGUGACCCUACCGAGACGCAGAUCAUGGAAGUAUGCCAGAGCGCGAAUAUAUGGGACUUUGUCUUGUCCCUCCCAGACGGGCUUGAAACACCUUGCGGAAAUCAGGGAUUCGCUUUAUCGGGAGGGCAGAGGCAGCGUAUCGCGAUUGCCAGGGCUCUUAUUCGUAAACCUCAAUUAUUGCUUCUUGAUGAAGCGACGAGUGCGUUGGAUACAGAGUCUGAAAGGGUGGUAAAGGCAGCACUAGAUCGCGCAGCAGCAGGGAGAACGACAAUUGCGGUUGCACACCGUCUCAGUACAAUCAAAGAUGCUGAUAAUAUCAUCGUUGUGUCUAGGGGAAGUAUAGUCGAGUCGGGAACCCACGAUGAGCUGUUGCGUAAAAAAGGCGUGUAUCACGAAAUGGUAUUGGGACAGUCACUAGAUAGAGAAGUGGGAUGA